GGAUUUCGCCGUGAUGUCGACCGCAAUGAACUUCGGGACCAAAAGCUUCCAGCCGCGGCCCCCAGACAAAGGCAGCUUCCCGCUGGACCACUUCGGUGAAUGUAAAAGCUUUAAAGAAAAAUUCAUGAGGUGUCUCCGUGACAAGAACUAUGAAAAUGCUUUGUGCAGAAAUGAAUCUAAAGAGUAUUUAAUGUGCAGGAUGCAAAGGCAGCUGAUGGCACCGGAGCCGCUAGAGAAGCUCGGCUUUAGAGACCUAAUGGAAGGGAAGCCAGAGGCAAAGGAUGAAUGUUGAGAAGGGAGCCACAGGACCUUGUCCCCAGCCUGGAGCAGAGCUGAGCCCUUCUGCCCACAGUGCAGGGGGACCUGACACUCAGCCCGUGCUGCCCCGUGCAGGGGCUCUCCCUGGGGACUUUAGAACAUGGCUCACCCCUGCAGCACACACCGAAAUGUUUCCUCUGUUGACCUCGGUUCCCCUCUAGAGAGUGUGUUUUUCUUCCGUCUGUGUGUCACAGGACCCGUCAGGACUGAACCCUGCUGUGAUUUGAUAUCCCGCCCAGAGUGGCUGUCACACCACAGAGCCCUGGCCAGCAUUCCACAGCGACUCAGCCUGUCACAGAUCUGAGUCCUCACACUGGAACCUGUCAAUGAAACCAAGCGACAGGAAAAUGUCCGCCUUUUGUGCUCACAGACUCAUAUCAGCUGGCUUCCCUUUCUCUGUGUUCUCUCCUGUGAACAAAGCUGGAAUACAAAGUAGGAAGUGA